AUGGGGGAAAUGUGUGCUCAAUAUGCCAAAGGUUGUCAAGCUUGUAAAAGAUAUGGACUCAUUCAAAGAGCACCUGCCAAAGAGAUGGCACUCAUCAUCAAACCACGACCAUUUAAAGGAUGGGUGAUAGAUUUGAUAGGGAAAAUAUACCCACCUUCAUCCAAACACCACACAUUCAUUAUUGUGGCCAUAGACUUUUUCACAAAAUGGGUUGAGGCUAUACCCUUGGAAGAAAUAGCCCAAGAGAAUGUGAUUGAAUUUAUUAAAAACCAUAUUAUCUAUAGAUUUGGAAUUCCCCAAACUAUAAUGGUUGACCAUGGCACUUCUCCGAAUGGGGAAAGAGUAAAGGCUUUGUUGGAAGAAUUUGGUAUGUAG